ACUUUGGAGCGUUCAGCACAUGCUAAAGAUGCAUUGGAAUUAUCAAAGAUGCAGGAGCAAACAAUACAGAUUGAAAACCAGAAGAAAAUCAAGGAGAUGGAAGGCCAAAUAGAACAAAUGAAAUUGGAGCAGGCUCGAGUAAUGGAGGAGGAGAAACGUAAAACUUUACGUGAAGAAACAAAGUUGAGUCAACAAAAGUCACAAUACCAGGAUCAACUAGCUAGAAAAAGAUACGAUGACCAGCUAGCACAGCAGGCCAGAUUGAAUGAAGAAAACUUAAGGAAGCAGGAAGAGUCUGUACAGAAACAAGAACAAAUGAAGAGAGGGAGUAUGGAGUACCAGGCAGAACUUAACCACAAGAAUGAUAUGAAAAGAAUAGAGGCGGAGUUACGGGGAAAAGCUAAAAUAGACAGAGAGAACCAGGAUAUCCUAAAAGAACAAAUACGCCUGCGAGCACAGGAAGAUAGAAAAACAAGACUGGAAUCUAUCAAGACAGCAGGAGCUGUGCUAGGGGAAGGAUUUAAAGCAUUUAUAUCAGACUGGGACAAAGUGACAGCUACUGCUGCAGGGAUCACGCUGGCAGCUGCUGGUAUAUAUGGUGCCAAAUACAGUAUAGGUGUAGCUGCCCGGUACACAGAGGCUCGCCUUGGUAAACCAUCACUAGUUAGAGAAACUUCCAGAAUUACUGUCUUAGAAACUCUGAAACAUCCAAUCAAGAUCGGAAAGAAAAUAUUUAAAAAGAAAGAAGAAGUAUUAAGUGGUAUUAUAUUAAAGCCAGAAUUAGAGGAGAGAUUGAGAGAUGUUGCCAUAGCAACAAGUCAUACUAAGAAGAACAAUGGUUUCUAUAGAAACUUGUUAAUGUACGGACCACCUGGAACAGGAAAAACAAUGUUUGCCAAGAAUUUAGCCAAGCAUUCUGGUAUGGACUACGCCAUAAUGACCGGAGGUGAUGUGGCACCCAUGGGUAAAGAGGGAGUUAGUGCAAUGCAUAAAGUAUUUGAUUGGGCACAGACUAGUCGGAAAGGUGUGUUAUUAUUUGUGGAUGAAGCUGAUGCAUUUUUAAGGAAAAGAAAUAGGGAAUUGAUAAGUGAGGAUAUGCGUGCAACAUUAAAUGCCUUUUUAUACAGAACAGGGGAACAAUCAAAUAAAUUUAUGAUAGUUUUAGCCAGUAAUACACCGGAACAAUUUGACUGGGCUAUAAAUGACAGAUUAGACGAGAUGGUGGAAUUUUCUCUACCAAAUCUAGAGGAGCGUAACAGAUUAGUACGACAAUAUUUUGAUAAAUAUGUUCUCCAACCAGCAUUUGAGGCUAAAGGGAGAUUGAAGGUGGCCGAGUUUGACUAUGACAAGAAAUGUACAGAAAUAGCAGAAAAAAUAGAAGGAUUAUCUGGCAGAGAAAUCUCAAAAUUAGGUGUUGGCUGGCAGGCUGCAGCGUAUGCUUCAGAAUCCGGUGUUCUAACGGAAGCUAUGAUAGACGAGAAAGUCAAGGACGCCAUGAAGUCACACGAGAAGAAGGUAAUUUGGCAGGAAGAUCACUCCAUAUAUACAACGGCUGAUCAGCGUACAUUAUCACAGAAGGCGGCCUCCAUGGUGAUCCCCAAAGCACCGGCUGUUCCGGAAAGCUGAUGAUUGACAUGAUUUAGAUGUUACUAGGAUUAUUUGAACAAUUAUAGGAUUAGAAAUUGUUACGGACCAUAUACGUAAGGUUUCAGUGACCUUAAUAUGGUUUCAAGGAAGUAUGUCGACUCGUACAAACAUACCAACUUGUUAAGACAGAUAAAUGGACUAUUCUAAGGUAUUAGACCUGAAGUUGAGGAAGGUGGAAAUGUAAGACAUGCCAGAAAGGAUCAUAUUUUAAAUAGUUAACAACAAAAGAAUUUGUUAUGUUUAAGGAAGACAUGUUCAGUUUUAAGUUUUUAUAUUAAUUCUUAUAGUCCUUGAAAAGCAUAAACAAAAAAACAAUUUUCAUCAGAUUCAAAUUUUCAAAAUUUAUAAUUAAACAUAUAUAUUGUGAGUUGUUAUUAAGAUGUAAAAUUAUUUGUGUUAAUAGAGAGAAAAAGUUCAUUUAAUAGAGUAACAAGCAUGUUGCAAAUUUACUGACAUUUGACAAGGUAAUUAUAUGUAUUCAAGAAAAAAAUGUACACUUGUUCGAGAUAAUUUGAGAUCAUAAGCCUCAACAUGAUCCUGUCUUUAGAUCCAGCAGCUUGGAGUCUCUCUUAUGUUUGACAGCUCUAAGCUGGUUCCAGCUGCUGGAGAUAAUCUUUUAGAGAGAACAUCUAUGGGUUUCAUUAAUCAAGAAAAAUUUUAUGUGCUGGUAUACCAAAAACCAAAUAACUAUUUUAAAAUUAGCACGAAAAAGCAUUUGUCAUUCUUCGUUAAUAACCAUUGUGCUUCCACUGCCAUGUGUCGCUGUGUGACACAGUGAUUUAAUGUGUGACACAGAUAUUUAAUGUGUGGCCCAUUUAUUAAAAUGAUUUAAUGUGUAACACUGAUUAAAUGUGUGAGACUGAUUAAAUGUAUGACACACUGAUCUGAUGUAUGACACACUGGUUUAAUGUGUGACACAAUGAUUUUGUGUGUUCAUCAGUGAUUUAUAUGAUUUAUUACAUGACACAAAUUAUAUGUGUGACACAUGAUUGAAUGUGUGACACAGACUUAAUGAUGUGAUGUUACAAUGACUGUUUAAUUAAAGAAUCAUGUUGUAUAUUUUGAAACUAAGUAGUGAUGUGUUGUUUUAAUAUUGGUAAAUUUGUAAUAAAAACAAUAAAAUGUGUUAUGUAUCAAACUAUAUUUUGUUAAAUUACUUUAGAAUCCCAAAUAUUUAAAUUAAGACCGCAUUUUUUGUAUAAUAUAAAACACCAAACUUAUUGACAAAGGGAAAACCUAGGUCUUUAGUGUUCAUGAUAAAAUAUGCAUUCAUGUUUCUGUACAUUAUAUAGGUAUGAACAUAUAAUUAUAUGCAUACCAUACUGUUUUAAAGUGAAAUACAAUUUGAUUAAUGAAAAGAACCAGAUUUCACUUGUAUACAUGCAUUUAAAUUGUAAAUAUUUUUGUAACUAACUUGAUAGUGAAAGUAAGGAACAAUUGCACUGUGAUGAUUUAAAGCAAUAUAAAUGUUUGCAAGAAUUGAAAUGUAUUUCAUGAACACAGUCUAUCUUCCAUACAUACUACAUUUUAUAAUGUACUAUGCAUCGAAACGGGCGUCCCUGGCCGAAUAGUUGACUUCAAACCACUUGCCUCUCGCCUCUCUGGGUUUGAAUCUGACUGGGACUUUGGAUUCUUUAAUGUGAGAAACUAUCCAACAGCUUAUGGAUGUCGUUGGUUCUACUUGGGUGCCCGUUUGGACAUUUGCCACUUUGCCCCAGUUCGGACAGUUGCUAAGUAAAAACUUAAGAUCUUUUCCUCAGUGCAUAAAACAUUGGCCUGUGGACCUCUAACAAGUUUGUUUAAAUGACAGAUCUGGUGUCAAAAUGUGCCUCAUGGGAUCAAACUGCACCUUAAAAAACCAUCUGAACCAACCAGCUUAGGUAUUUGGCUCGAACAUUUCAGUAAACAGCUACCAAGUUUGUUCAAAUUAUGGCCCAUUGGUCAAAAUUGGCCCCACUUCUUUAAAGUUAUAGGUUUUCUUUAUAGAGGUUUAUAUUUUGUAAAAAUAUUGAAAAUAUUUUUAAGCACCAAAGGCUGGGAUUUAGAUAUUUUGCAUGAAACAUUGUCCAGUGGACCUCAACCAAGUUUAUUCAAAUAGCACAGGGUGAAAAUUGGCAAUGCCUUGGGGGGGGGGUGAUAAUGGGUUGACAUUAUAUGUGUAUAGAAGCAACCAGCGCAUACAAUAGCACCCAUUGACUUUCUUCGCAACGUUUGACUUCCCUAAGCAACAAGGAACUUCCCUUUGCAGCCAGUGCUUCUGUUUGCAAUUAUUGACUUUCUUUGUCAACCUGUGACUUCCAUAGCAACCAUUUACUUCCCUUAAGAACCACUGACUUCCCUUAACAACCACUUUCGUCAGGAAUCGGGGACUUUCAUAGCAACUUUUGACUUCACUUAGCAACUAGUGGUUUCCACAGCAACCAGUUAUUUCGAUAGAAAUCAUUGACUUUCCAUAUAAACCAGUGACUAUAGUAACCAUUGACUCAUUUACUUUCCUUCGAAAGCUGUUUUACUCACCCUGGCUUCAGUGUCACGCUCUGGUUACUUUUUUAACAUGCAAUAUGGUAUCUUCAAAAGUACGUUGAAACAUCACACACUCGUUCUCUGUGAUUAUGUGACUUAAUGGGUACAUGUCCCAUAACUCCGAGUUACCUUUGUACACAAUAAUGUCCCUUUUUAUGCCCCCAUUCUACGCUAGGGGCACUUUGAUUUGCCCUUGUCCGUCCGUCCGUACAUGCAUUCGUGUGUGCGUGCGUUCCUGUGUUGUGUCAAACGUAGCUCUAAAAGUGCGGGAAUUAGUCCACAAACUUUACAUAAAUAUUGAUCUUCAUUUGAAGUUGUGCACAUGUGGAUUAGUUCAGUUUUGAUUAAUUUAGUAAUUGCCCUUAUACAUAUACUUAUUUAUUUUUUUCAAUUUGUGUCGUGCAUAGCUUAAAAGGUUUGACCUAGAAACAUGACACUUAACAGGAAUGUUGGUCAGUAUGUGCAGUUUUGCUCCUGGGGGUUUGCUUGUGGAUUCAGUAUUUAUAGAGUUAUUGCCCUUAACUUAGUAAACAUUUGCAAUUUUCAACUUUUGUCACGCGUAGCCAAUAAUGUAUUUGACCUAGAGUAAUGAAACUAUAGAAAUGGGUCAGCAUGUGUAUUUGUGCACCCGGGGCUUCACCUGUGGGUUAAUACAAUUUUUGUAGAGUUAUUGCCCUUGACUUUGUAAAAAUUUACAAUUUUCAUCUUGUUUCGCACGUAACCCAAAAACUUUUUGACAUGGAGUCAUGAAACCUUACAAGAAUGUUAGUUAAAUUUUUUUUGUGGGUUUUCUUGUGAAUUUAUUUAAUAUUUGUUAUUGAAUACGACACCAAACAGGAAACUAAUCGCUCACUGGUUACUGAUAUACCAGUUUCUCGUUAACAUGUGCAAGAUGGAUAUAACCUUCUUGCAUUACCUGAGUUGGUAAGAUUUCGUUAAAAUUGACGAAGGUAAAAGAGCGCCAUUAAAAUCUACAUUUUAUUUGCACCAUUUAAAGAAGUUGCCAAUGGAUACUCCUUGAAAAAUCCUUUUAUUCCUUAAAUCAUUACUAUAAGUUCACAUAAAUUCGGAAGCCUUCUUCAUCUUCUGUAUGUACGUAAUGUCGAUAUAUAUAUUUGUUCUUCUUUGAUAGUUUUAUGAUAAAGUACUGUCUAGUAUAUUGAAUCUAUUAUCGCGUGAUAAGGCGGACUGAUAAAGCUAUUGGAUUUUGAUUAUAGGAAAGUUUGUUUAGUUGAUAAGUACCUUUAUUUAUCCUUAAUUUAAAUAAAUGUGUUACAAUGACGCAGUCCAUAAAUGUGGUAGCGACUGGGUCAUCAAUACCUGUUAUGUGUAUCACGUGAUACACAUUGUCAGGAAAGUCGGUCAAGCAGUGUGCUACACAUAAUAUAACUCUUUGUGAAUGAUAGUCUUAAUGCUAAGUUUUGAUCCUGCAACUAUCUCAGAACAUUUUCAUUUUGACUAUAAUAUAUGUCUACAAAAU